AUGUCUGGCUUAACCUACCAGCUCCACAGCACAGGGAAUGUCAUCAUACUGGGUGACUGGUCCAUAGGCCCAAGUUGGGCUGCUUAUCAUGCUCAGAAAAAUAUCCAGGAUGAGUCCUCUGUUUCUGAAUCUUUAUCUGACAUUCCUUCUCUGUCUCUAGACAGUAUGGCUCUUGAUGGAGGGCAUGCUGACAAUAGUGCUGAUGAGUAUGCUGUUGUGAAUCCAGAUUCCACUAACAAGCUGUCAACUGGAGAUAGAAGCACUGAUCAUCCAAGAGUGAAUAUAGGUCUCCAAGAGAGUGAUCCUGUAAUGCCAGUGGAGCAUAACAAUCCAGUUCAGACUGAGAGUGAUUCUCAAAGAGGUCAUUGGAUGAUGGCUGAAGCUUUGAUAUCUGAUGGGACCAAGAAAAUCAUAGACAGAUGUAGGAAGGCUAUGGGAUUGGCCAGUCAACCAGUGCCUUCCUCUUCUUCAGCUGCCAGACCUCAGGAUAAAGGCAAAAUAGUCAACUACUACAAUAAGCUCACCACACUUCCAGGAUUCACUAGUAAUGACUUCAAUUCAGACAAUAUGACUGUGGCAAUUAAUAAUAGCACUGCAAUUAAUGAACCUAGUAUGGAAAAGGUUUCAAGUCAAUCAACUACAGCUCAAAAGACACUGGAACAGCAUAAGGCUCAUUCAGUGAAGAUAUCAGAAGUAUUAGAACAAUUGAUGCAUUUGAACCAGCCUUCAGACACAGCAGCUAAUAUUGCUCCAAUCAUGAGCUCAGACUGA